CACGCCCCCUCCCCGGUUGCCUGGCGAAGCCUGAGGCCUGGCUGGGGCCUGCUCGCCCGCCGCCGCCGCCGCCGCCGCCGCCGAGAUGCCGCACGGCUUCAAGGCCGGGGACCUCGUCUUCGCCAAGAUGAAGGGAUACCCGCACUGGCCGGCCCGGAUUGACGACAUAAUUGACGGCGCAGUGAAACCUCCUCCCAAUAAAUACCCCAUCUUCUUCUUCGGAACCCACGAGACGGCGUUCCUGGGCCCCAAGGACCUGUUCCCUUACGAGAAAUACAAGGACAAAUACGGGAAACCCAACAAGCGGAAAGGCUUCAACGAAGGAUUGUGGGAAAUCCAGAACAAUCCUCAUGCCAGUUAUAGCGCGCCUCCGCCGGUGAGCUCCUCUGAUAGCGAAGUGGCUGAUAUCGACCCCAUUGGCGGCGGAGGAGGAGGCGGAGGAGGAGGAAGUGAUGUCCCGGAGGAAGAUGAUUCUGCCCCGGCGGCAGCCGUCGGGGCGGUGGGGCUGAUCGUGGAGGAGGCGGAGAGCGACGAGGAGUCCGACAAAGGAAGCGACCACAGUGGCGUGAAGCGGAAAGCGUUAGCCAUGAAAAUGCCGGCGGCGAAACGGCCUCGGAAAUCGUCCAGUGACGUUGACCAGGCCAGCCCCUCUCCAUCCGAGGAGGAGAAUUCGGAAAGCUCUUCCGAGUCUGAGAAGUACAGUGACCAGGAUUUCACCCCGGAGAAAAAGCCUCCACCCAGGGCUACGCGGCGUGGGCCUGCUGGGGGGUGGAAGAAAAAGAAAAUUGAAUCGGGCUCCGAAUCGGAGGCUAAGGCCGAUUCGGAGGAGGAAGAGGAGGAGGAGGAGGACGAGAGAGAGAACGCCAGGGCCCCCACGCCCAAGUCGGAUUCUGACUCCAACUCAGACGAGUCCGUCAAGAAGCCCUCCCGGGGACGGAAGCCGGCAGCAGAAAAACCGCCCCCGAAGCCUCGUGGGAGGAAACCGAAGGUAGAGAGGCUUCCCAGCAGCUCCAGCAGCGACAGCGACAGCGACGUGGACCGCAUCAGCGAGUGGAAGCGGCGCGACGAGGAGCGCCGGCGGGAGCUGGAGGAGAAGCGGAAGCGCGAACAGGAGGAGGAGCUGCGCCGGCUGCGGGAGCAGGAGCGGGAGGAGAAGGAGCGGAAGAAGGAGAAAGCGGAGAAGGGGGAGGCGGAGCGCUCUGACAGCGACAGCAGCCUGGACGACGAGGCCCCCCGGAAGGGCAAGAAGGGGCGGCCCAGGGCCCCCUCAGAUUCGGACUCCGAAGCGGAGAAGGAGGUGAAAAAGCCGCCAAAGAAGCAGUCCUCGGAGCUCUCAAGGAAACCGAGUCAAAAGGAGAAGCGGGGCCAAGGAGAUGAAAAGCCGCGGAACAAAGCUCUCAAAGUGGAACGAGGCAGGAAAAAGUCCGAUGCGCUCCCAGAAAGAAGGGCGGAGAAGAAAAAAGAGCCGACGAUCGAGGAGAAGCUGCAGAAGCUGCACAGCGAGAUCAAGUUUGCGCUGAAAGUCGACAACCCGGACAUCAAGCGAUGCCUGAGUGCCCUGGAAGAGCUUGGCAGCCUGCAGGUCACCUCUCAGAUCCUCCAGAAACACACCGACGUUGUGGCCACUCUGAAAAAGAUCCGUCGUUACAAAGCCAACAAGGACGUGAUGGAGAAGGCGGCUGAAGUCUACACGUGCCUGAAGUCCCGCGUCCUGGGGCCAAAGGUCGGGGCGAACCAGAAAGUGAGCCGGACCGACUCCGAGAAGGACAAGGGCGAAGGGGACAAAGGCAAGGAGAAGUUGCCCGAAGGAGAGACGCCGAACGAGAGGGGCGAGGAAGAGACGAGUGCCGAUCUCCCAGCCCCUGUGAAUGGAGAAUCGGCAGCCCAGAAAGGCGAAGGUGUAGAGGAAAGCAAGGACGGAGGUGAAGAUUGGACUUCGGGAGAGGCCAAGAGAGGGGCGUCCCCCGAAGAUGCCCACAACGAAGCGCCCGAGUAUCCCGAGACGGAACGGGCAGGAGCUGAGCAGGAGAAGGCCCCCGCGGACUCGGACUCGGCCGACGAAGACGACGAGAGCUGAGGCCAAAGGAAAGCCCCUGCGAGGAAGCGCCCCCCCCCCCCCGGCUUGUGGCGACCCGGCAAUGCCCGCGGGCCCGGCCUGUGCUUUGCCCCAUGUUUCAGAGAUGCUUUUUCAAGCCACACAUUAGAUGACAUUCUAGGUCAUGUUCCCCUGCCUUCGUGCCCUCCUCCUCCUCUUCUCUCUCUCUUUCUCCUCGCCUUCCUCUUCCACCCCCCCCCUCUUCCACCACUCCCACCUCUCGCUCCCUAGAGAAUGACAAACUCCUGGGGCGGCCCCACACUGCUGUACGUUUGUAUCGGUCCCAUGUUUUUUGGGGUUUUCCUGUCCCCUCCCCCCCUCCCUUGACUCCUUCCCUUGACUCUUGUGAUUUCAAACAGACAUGAAAUGAAUAUAUAAAGGGUUGUUUUUUAAUGAAAAAAGAAAUGAUGCCAUUUCUCUUCGUCAAGCUUCGUUUGAGUUUCCCCCCCUCCCACACCUCUUUUCUCUCGUGUCUCUCUCCUUCCCGCUCUCGAGCGAGGAACGAGACGAGCGGGAAAACGAUUUUGAUUCAACGCGCGCCCCGCGCGUGCGCCCUUCCGUGGCUCCACAUUUUCAGAGUGUUGCACCCGUGGGGUUGCCGUUUCUGAGUGGAUCGGGCUCAUUUGCAGCUGAGACCUGGCUUGGCUUCUCCUGUUCCCACCCAGGGAAAGGGAAGCCACCUCUGGUUUAGGAAGGUACGUUAAAGCCGCGAUCUUGACGCGGGGCCUGCUUCAUUUCUGCCAGCAUUGAAUCCCCAAAUUCUCUGUUGCUUCAGGAUGGUUUCUGACGCCGUUCUCCUGCCGAGAUAGGCGGGCCCUGCAAACAUCACUCCAGCGGUGGGUGAGCGGCUGUAGCGGAAGGGUUCCCUCGUACCCCGUUGCAAGAACGCCUUUGGGGGCCUGUGCAGCAGAGUUGCCCUGGUUCCCGCAAGGGGCAGGAAAUGCUGGGUCGUCCCAGGGAGGAGAAUGAGAAUCAUACCUGUGUUGGUAGUCUCUCCAUGUAGAUUCAGGUCUCUGCACAAGGGAGCCACCCCGCUGGAGUCGCACCCUGAACACGUCUUCUGUGCUGCACAUGGAAUUCCCUUGGAUAGAACUUGGGCCCAACCCCUCCAGGAAUAUCGGCCAACUCCAUCGGGCCGUUAUCCAGAGAGGGGAUGACGUUUUGGCGGUAAUCCCACCUCCCGCAGGAUCACCCAGAUCUACCCAUGCAGCAAACGAGGCGGGUCGAGAAGACCGUACCUCUUCUACGCCGGUGGAGCUUUGAAUGUUCUCGUCUAGGUGCGGCGGUUGCGGGGCUGUUUAUUUCUACGGUUCCCUGCAAGUAGAAAACUAGCGCAGCAAGGUGGGGGAUACGCUAGCACUAGUUUCCUACUUGCGGGGAGGACGUAGAAAAACAACAUUUUCUGAAGCGGCGUGGUCUCUUUCGCAGUCAGCUGGGGGCAGGCGGAAAGUCGAUCUCCGGGUGUUUUGGGCUUCCGCCUCCAGCAAUCCUGCAAUGCUGGCAGGGGCUUCUGGGAGUUGAAGUCCAAAACCUUGAAGUCCAAAACCCUGGUGCAGCGCUCUUGUGCAGCAAGAAGUGCCAUGCCACUGCCCCCCUCAUCUCCAAAUUUGACAAAUCUCUAGCGACCUCCAUUUAACCGUGCCUUGCAGGGGAGCUUAGGAAGACUCAGGUAUUUGGGAAAGGGGCAUAAAAGUUGCCCCCUGGUUGCAGAUGCAAAGGCGGCUCCCAUAUUUUGUGCGUGAAUGUCACGUCUUUUUUUUUUUUUACCUCCCCCCUCCUCACAUUUUCCAUCUGCUUCACAUGCCUGCUGCUUCUGCUUUAAACCUUCUCUAGAUUCCUUCCCCUCCGCCCAGGUCUGGCAACUCCCAGAAUGCAACAGGGCACUCCGUGAGUGCUGAUUGGCUGCUUGGUCACGCCUUCUUUUGGAAGUUGACGAUUGUGUGAUUCUGCACUCCUUUUUCUUCUUUUCUUUAGGGUAGAGGGAGAGGGGCGGAGGAAUUGUCUUUCUACGGCACAAUGGGGGUGCGGGUUUUGGGUUUUUUAACCGAAGCAGACUGCUUCGGAACCGCUUCGGCCAGGAGGAAUCCAGACAGAGGAGGAAUGCCGGCAAAAUCUUGAUUAAAAACCCGCGGAAGAACCUUCAGAUAAUUACUUUGUUUUUGGUAACCAUGAAAUAAAGAUGUUCCCGUCUGACAAGAA